AUGCUCCUGGCACUGGGGCUCCUCUUUGCUGCCCUGUCCUUGGGAAGAUGCAUCCCCCUGCAGCAGGGGCCCAACCGCAGCAAACUCCUCCUGGUGUCCUUCGACGGCUUUCGCUGGAACUACGACCAGGACGUGGACACCCCCAACCUGGACACGAUGGCUGCGGACGGGGUGAAGGCCAAGUACAUGACUCCUGCCUUCGUCACCCUCACCAGCCCCUGCCACUUCACGCUGCUGACCGGGCGGUACCUGGAGAACCACGGGGUGAUCCAUAACAUGUGGUUCGACACCAAAACAGGGGUCAGACUGCCCUACUACACCACACAAGGCAUAAGCAGCUGGUGGGACAACGGCAGCCUGCCCAUCUGGAUCACUGCCCAGAGACAGGGUUUGAAGACAGGCUCUAUCCACUUCCCCGGAACCAAAGCGAAAUACCAAAAGGAAGAAGUGUACAAGAAGUUGGUGGAACCCCCGUUGUUCAACUACAGCAACGAAGCCAACUGGAAGCAGAGCAUCAACACCGCCAUGGAAUGGUUCACAGCGGAGAACCUCGACUUCAUCACGCUCUAUUUUGGGGAGCCGGACUCCACUGGACACAAGUUUGGCCCUGAAUCCAUGCAGAGGAAAAACAUGAUCAAGCAGGUGGACAGAACCAUCGGGUACUUGAGGCAGCGUAUCCGGGAAAGCGGCCUGGAAUCCAACCUCAACCUCAUCAUCACAUCUGACCACGGCAUGGAGACCGUCAUAAAAACCAACGAGAUUCACAUCCAGACCAUCAGCAACUUCACAUUCAAAGACCUCGACUUUGAACUCUUAGAUUAUGGACCAAAUGGACUCCUGGUGCCAAAAGAAGGGAAAUUGGAGCACGUGUACUCAGUCCUGAAAAACGCCCACCCAAAACUGCACGUUUACAAGAAGGAAGAGUUUCCGAAGAGAUUCCACUACGCCAACCAUUCCCGGAUCACCCCUCUCCUGUUGUACAGUGACCCAGGCUAUGUGAUCCAUGGGAGGUACAAGGUCCAGUUCAAUAAAGGGGAACACGGCUUCGACAAUCAGGCCAUGAACAUGAAAACCAUCUUCCGAGCCGUGGGACCCUCCUUCAAGAAGGGGCUGGUGGUGGAGCCCUUUGAUAGCGUCAACGUCUACGCCCUCCUCUGCGAGCUGCUGGGCAUCACCCCCGAGCCUCACGACGGCUCUCUGGAGGUCACCAAGCCCAUGCUGCGUGAAUCCACGGACAACGAGGGCAACGAGGGCAACGAGGGCAACGAGGGCAACGAGGGCAACGCCCCGGGAUCUCUCCGGGGUAGCCCCGGGAUCUCUCCGGGGUCGCUCCGGGAUCGCUCCGGGAUCGGGCCGCGCGCUCCGCCGGGAUUCCCGCGGGAACAGCGACACCUGGUGGCCGCUGUCUCCACCGGCUCCGGGCCCCGGGCCGUGCCCCCCCCGCGCUCGGCACCGGGCAGAGGUCCCCGCGGUCCGGGGGGAGCAGAACGAGCAGAACGGGUGGCGGGAGGCCCCCGAGGCCGCUCCCCGCGGGACGCAGCAGGGGCUCCGCACCUCAGCCAGGACUCCGUGUUCUUCCUGCUCCGGCUCAGCAUCGACACCACCCAGGGCAUGGGCUGA